AUGAAGAGUUCUGUGGUUGCUAUUUCCUCAGUUGUCAAUUUGCUUUGCAAGACUAAGAAGAAAGUUAUGUUUUCGCUCAAACUUUUUGGAAUUGUCGUGUGGAUUUUGCUGUCUAUUGUCGAGGUGGAGUUGAUGGAUACUGGUGGAACGAAUUUUCACGUGGGAGAAUCUUCCAAUCCGUACAAGAAGAUCCCAGAUGAUAAAUUUAUAAAAUACGUUUCGAACAAGUAUGGAAAAAAGAAUCAUGUUGAGUUGGAUCUAUUCAUGAAAGGUGUAACGUUUGCAGAACAUGGCGAAAAGACCAAGUUUAAAGAGAAGUACGUCCAAGGUGGUAAUCUAUCGCCGGACGUGUACAAAUUAUUCAAUCCCUACCACAAAUUCGUGACAGAUCUUUACAAUUCCGUUAACAAAGACAACAAGGCACGUUACCGAAAUGAGUUAAUGACAAUGGCUCGACGCGUCCAUGGUGGCUACGCACUUGCAUUAGGACGUGAAGUGAUGCCACCACCUGGUCUAAACGAAGCUGAGGAGAAAAAGGAAUCUUCAAUGUUUUCUAAACUAUUUAAGAUAGCUAAGAAAAGGUAA